ACCAUUUGAACCUUGGAGAUGAUUAAAAAUUGAAGAACCUAACACGCGGGUUGAUUUGGUUACAGAUGUCCUUGCCUUGAAAUUUUGGGUUCCAAAGAACAUAUUGUCCCGUAAUGCUUCAAAGUCUUUCACGUAUUGGGGAUACAUUUGCACGACUACCUUUCUUAUUUUUUGUCGAAUUAGUAGCAACAAAACGCGUUACUUUCCUUUAUGAUUACUGGAAACUCUAUUCCAAUUGGAUAACAUCGACCUGUCCUUCUUGUUUGUGUCCAGAUGAAUCUCAUAUCAGCUUCAUUAUCUCAGUCGCUUUCAUCAUUUGUGCAGUCACCUCAGUUAUUUACAUUAAAGGCAUUUUCACUGUUGUAUUUAUUGUAAUAAAUCUCUUUCUUGUUUGUAUAAUGUUUACGAAUUAUAUGUCUUUAUUGUACACUAUCACGUUACCGACAUUUCCACCCGCUUUAUAUUCUUUCUCUACUUAUUUUUCCUCGUCGUCGUCUUCUUCUUCACUGUCAUUACUUAUACGAUGGCAUUGUAUAUUGGGCUGUUUAUUACUCUCUACUUCACUUUUGUUUAUGCUAAUAAAUUCAAUAUUCAGGCGUAUACCACCUUAUAAAUAUUUUAUAAUUAUAAUUCUUUAUAUCUCUGUACUAUUUAUCUCUUCAUUGCCAAUUAUUAUUAAGUCCUCAUCAAUAGAAUUGACGAGAUCCGAUAAUGCAAAAUCAUUGAGAAUGAUGAUGAUAACAACAACGACAACAGCAAAUGAUAAGCAUUCAUUUCAUACAAAUGUCAUCUAUGGAUUAAAUAAUUUUUCAUCAACGUGGUUAUUCUAUGUCUAUACAAUGGUUAAACCGAAUUGUUGUGUCAAGCAAUCUAAUGUAAAUAGUAAUUGGCAAUCUCUUUGUCUGCCUACAAAUAUUCAUUUGUUUUCAUCAAAUGAGAAUAUUGUUCAUGAUGUAACUAUUGUUUCUGAAGCAGCUUAUCGAUAUGAUAUAAUCUUACUAACUUGUUCUUAUGGUUUAUUGUGUAUUUAUAUACUACUUCUAUUGUAUUGUUUAAGCAUUACUGAUAUUUAUGAGAUCUUUAUGUCAUGUGUUAAUAUAGAGCUGGAAUUAUAUCGACUUGGUCUAGUUGAUUAUAUCACAUUUCAUUGGAAUCGAUUAGAUGUACCACAAAUUUUAAUGUACUUUUGGUCAUUCAAACUAGUGUCAGUGAUUAUUUUGGGUCCAGUAUGCUGGGAAAUUAUUCCAACUGGUGAUGUUAAUGUUGAUGAGAUAUCAGCGAAACUAUUCAAUUCUUCUACAUUGAAUGAAUAUUCUAAUCUGGAUACUGCUAAUCAAUCAACAUUAUCUAUACUAUACACAAGAUUAUUUGUUGGUCUUUUUGUACAUGGAUCAGAAACCUGGUUGUCAGUGUGUGGAGCAGCUGCAUUUUUCGGUGCACUAGCUACUAUUUUCGUUUCUAUAUUGGUCUUUUUAUUGGAUCCAUCCCGUACUGGAACAGCUCGAUUAGCAGUGGUAGCUGCAGAAGCUCCAGCUGAUCCGCAUACAUGGAAUGUAAUUGAUGAUCCAGCGUUAGCUUUAGAUCAAAAUGAUGUUAUUGCUAUGGAAUUACUAGCUAGUACAGGAUGGAAUUGUGCUGUUGUCUUUUUGUUCUUAGCUUUCCAAUCAGAUAUGCCUAAUCUUCCACCAGUUUAUCGUGCAUCAUGUUCUAUGUAUGGAAUUAUGGUUCUUGUGAUUGCUUGUAUCCAUCCUAUUCAAGCAUUGAUCAAGUCAUUCUUAUUACGUCUUGGGGCACCUGGUCAACAAACAAAUUGGUCCGAACAUGUACGACCAUUGUGUUUUUGUGUUGUGCUAAUUUUUGCAGCUUUCAAUAUGUUCACUUGUUUACCAAGAAUAUUAACAAAUGACAAACUGGAUUAUAUUCGUAAUAUGAAUCACAGUGAAAAUGCAUCCUAUUUAGCUGUUUUAUCACAUAUUGGCUCAUCGGAAGAAGCAAUACUUGCGAGACGACUAAGAAUAUUUCUAAGCGGUUGUCAAUUAUUAAUUAGCCUUGUAGUUACACUAAUUGAAUAUGCUAUUUAUCAAUACUCUUAUCGAUAUCCUAAUUGGACAGGAUUUCAACCAACAAUAUUUUGGACAAAAGUGAUUAGUUCAGUAAUUGAUUAUUUUAUUUCAUUAUUAUCAUUUCUAACAGUCUGUUGGUUAGUAUUCUAUGAUUCUUUUGGAGUGUGUCGUUUGUUUAUUAUUUGUUGUUAUUUCUCCUUAGUUUUAUAUCCAUCAGCGCGUAGAGCAUAUAUAUGGAUAAAAUGGCGAUUAUUAUGCACUAAACGUAUGAAUGAUUUAGUUAAUCCUAGUAAAAUACAAUUAGAACGGUAUGGUGAUACAUGUCCAAUAUGUUUUGCUGAAAUGACUAUAACUACAGCAAAAAUUACUAGAUGUGGUCAUCUUUAUCAUUCUGAAUGUCUUAUACAGUGGAUGAAACAUAAAUUAACAUGUCCUAUAUGUCAGUCAGAUUUAUUGUCGACUAGAGUGACUAAUAAACGACGAGAAGUUACAAGUGCUCGUAUGCAAGAGACUAUAGUAGGUGAACAAAAUUAAAUAAGUUUAAAAGAAAUUAUUCAGAAUUUUUGACUUUAUUUAUUAUUAUUACUAUUACUACCAAUACUACUACUAUUACCAUCAUCAUCAUCAUCCUUUUCACUGUCUAACCAUUCGAUAUUAAACAAAAGUCAAACAAGAAAUCACCUUUCAAUCUUGUAAAUGCAAAUUGUUACUACUCUGUGCCUUCAAUUGUACACUCAUCAUUAUUAUUUGUCAAGGAUGUUUGUAAAAUGGAGGCGCGUAUAAAUUCAUAAUGUCUAUGUGAAGCCGCUUUUUUGUUUAUUUUUGUUUUUUGUGUGUAUGUACGUGACUUAUUAUCAUGCAUAGUACAUAAAGAGAAGAUUUACAAUAAAUUAUUGACAUAUAAUAUUGUCUAUUUUUUCAGAGAAAUAAUAAAGUUAGUUUCGGUGUGAUUCAUUUACCAGUUUUGAACUAUAUAUCUUUUGUUUAUAGAUUAAUGAUAUAGUCCAGUUGUCGCAACUGAUCUAGAAAGUGUAAGUUCAGUACUAUGAUGUAAUUGUUGAAUGUCGAGUGUUAAACAAUUGGUCACUUAUAGUGAACAGAAAUAUAUUUAUUCUAGCUGUACAUAGCCCAGGGCAGAGUUCGAUAAAGAAUGCUGAUGGGCGGCCUAUGCUCCUCCACGAGGAGUAACAGGCCUAAGUAAUUAAGUAAAGCUGUACGUAUAGUCAGUUGGAGAUUAUAUCAUCAACAUUAUUACUAUUGUUUUUUUGUGUCUGGUUAAACUAUAAUAAGAAUUUACCUCAUUUAUUAAAUAUGUUUCUACUGUUAACUUUAAACUACACUUUUGUUACUACCUAGUUAUCCAAACUCCAAACAGGUGAAGCAAAGCUUUAAUAAUUAGAAGCUAGAUGUUGUAAUCAUCAAACCGUCAUACAAAUCCCAGUAUACUAAGUGAAAAAUGAUCAGUCAGCUACAAUGUAAAACUAGGCACAUAUAUGCAUCGGUCCAAGUUGCCAUACCUCAUUAACACAACAAGAUGGACACCGGGUUCAUAAAAGUAGUUAAUUCAGAGGUGGUAAUAUAUAAAAGAAAGAUUGCAUAUAAGGAUAUAGUACAAGAAGAAAGAAUUAGUUCGUAAAAAGAAAGAUAUGAAGCAGUUUUAAUCUCUUAGUUUAAGGGAAGACAGAGAGUGUAUACACCGACGCUUUUGUAAUCGAUUCUGAACCAUGUCACACACAGUCUCCAACCAUUGGUUACGAUAGUCACGCGGACCUCGACCAAGUAGUCUGCAUCUACCAACAUGGCUCAGACUAGGAGUUAAUGACUUCAAGCACUGAUAUCACGUUUUGGUUUGGCUGCCCCUAACAUUCUUCCAACCAUCCCCAACACUAGUUAGCAUUGCGCAUCGUGGUAAUCGGUGUUCAGGCAUACGUAACACGUGACCCAACAAUCUCAGUCGAUGAAGAUUCACAACCUCAUCAACUGAUUUACCCUCAUUCCCUAAUACCCAGUGUCUAACCUCACUAUUACUUACCCGGUGAUCCCAGCAGAUGUGAGCAAUAUUUCUAAGACAUCUGUGAUCAACUACUAGUAGAAUACGAGUAGUUUCUACUCUUAAUGGCCACGUUUCGCAGACGUAGAGUAAAACAGAAUGAACUGCCGCGCAGUAUACUCGUCCUUUUGUUGAUAGACGGAUAUCUCGUCUUCUCCAUAGGUGACGUAAGUUGGCAUAAGCCAAACGAGCUUUUCGAAUCCAUGCAGAGAUUUCGUCAGACACCAACCCAGCACGUGAAAAAUGAUAAUGAAGAUGAUCAAUUUACAAUCACGUAUCGACUAAAAUCAAUAAAUCAUUUACUAUUUACAACUAUUGAUGAUUUCUUACGACUAUUUAAACUGUUGGUUAACAUAUUAAGAUUGAAAGGAUUAAGUGCAUAUAUAUAAUAACAUGCAAAUAUGUAGCAAACAGAUAAUUUAGAUAUAUUAAAAAACUAACCUCUCACUAAUGGUAAUCAUUUAUCAUGUCUCAUCAAGUCCUUCAUGCUGAUGGAAUCCCACCAAGUUAGUUGCAACAUGUCCACUGAUCUAAGUGAUACAGUGUCGUUGUGUACUUUUUUGCUGUUAGUAGGAAUCACAGACUUACUUUCCAAGAUAUCUGGCUCUUGUCGGGAAAAUUUGUCUAGAUUCUCAAAGGAAACGAUAAGGAAUUCUAGCCUGGCUCACAGUAUUUUUCAAAAAUGUCAUUACUAUGCUACUUGGAUAGAACUGACUUUCUGUAACGUACAUGUUUUGUACUAAUUAGUCAUUGAUUAAUAAUUAAUGUCCUGUUGCGUAGUCCUUAUGGAUAAUCGCUUCUUAUCGAUGUAGUUGUAAUGAAGUAGAUGAUUAUAGAUCAUUGAUAAGUUAAAUUAGGCCAUGAGUAUUAAAUUGUCCUUAUCUUUUACAACAAACUCCUACAUCAUCCUAAGUUUGCUUUUAACUUUUUCAACUACCCUCUGCAGACAGUUUCUAAUUUAUAACUCAACAGGAUUACUUUGGUUUUGUGUUCUUUGAGCUGAAUAAUUCAAUCUUAAACAUUCCAUAGUCUUUCUAGACAACAUUAUUAGCUGCAAAACUUUCAGUAGAUAUCUAGAACGACAAUAAGAAUUUCUUGAAAUAAAUCAUUUGAAUCAAAUGUAUACAACACUAUGUAAUUUUAUACAGAUAUCAGAAUUUAGUUUAAAUUACUGGAAAUUUAUUAAAUAGUGAGGAUAAAUAAGUGUAUGAUUAUGUACAAUGGUAGUUAUCAAUUAAACAAUUGCCUAUUGAAUUUACAGUUCAUUGCGUUGUUGUGUCUUGUUAUUGGGGUUCAGUACGGCCUACAAUGUUACAGAUUUAGGAACAUAAACGACAGGGCUUCUCUAAUACGAUCGAUUUUCUUUGUAACUGACAACACCCAAUUAUGCUCAACACAUCAAACCUCGACGGCUAAGGCAGGAAGAAGAUGGAAUUGCAGGUAAAUUGAUAUUUUGUGGUAGAACAAGCAACUCAAACCACAUUGGUAUAAAAGUUGUUACUAUGGUAGCAGAAUAUGACCUUCGAGCAUGUAACGUCAUCACGACUGGUUUGGUCAUAUAACUCUUCUGGCGAUUUUGCAACUAUGAGUAUAUCGUUUAAAUAAACGGUUACACCUGUAAUACCAGUUAAUAUGGUAUCCAUUAAUUCUGGAAUAUCGCUGGUGCCAUCUUUACUCCAAAAGGCAGUCGUUUAUACUGAAAUAAACAUCUAUGUGUGUUUAUUGUCAGUAAUUCACGGCAUGAAGGGUCGAGCUCUACUUACAGAUAGGCUUCGGCUAGAUCUAGUUUUGCAAAGUAACUUUCACCGUUUAAUAUUGUAAGAAAGAUCAUCUGGAACUGAUUAAGAAUAAUGAUAUUGUUCUUAUCACAUUUUGUAAUCUUGUAUAGAAUAUUCAUCAAUGAUUUCUUGUUUAUGGUACAUCAAACUAAGAAAAUUUAACUAAGUUCAGAUUGUCCUUAUUUUCAUAUUUAAGUUUUUCGAUAUUUAAAAUAAUCUUGCUUACCACAAUAGACUUUGCAGUUAUUAGAUUUGGUAAAGUUUCAUUGUUUAGGAACAAAAAAGUGAAAUUUUGUCAAAUGGUAUCAGUGGAUUAGAUUAAUUGUUGCAGUGGUACUUUUUAAAAUGACCAGGGCGUGGCGAAUAAACAUCUUAGCAACGUUUUGCAAGUGGAGCAGUGAGCUAAUAGCUGAAACAUCCAACUUUUAAUUGGUAGUUCGUAUAUUUGAACUCGUUCCCACCGACUUCAGUUUGAGCAACUGAAUGGUAUCAUUAAAUGUGACUGAAUAAUUCCUGGUUAGCGUUUUUUAGCGAGUUAGUUUUCUACGGUUUGGGGUCGCUAACCCCAUUCCCAACCCUCCUCCUUUGUCUGGGUUUGGGACCGGCAGUAGCCCCAGAGGGGCUCCAGGCGGAGUUA